ACUCGAUCCAAUUGGGUUUUUUAACACCUGGGACAAGUGGCAGCUGCUGGGAACCGAGAGUCAUGUCUUCGUCGGCCAUUUUCGUGCUGGACGUGAAGGGCAAGGUGCUGAUAUCGCGCAACUACCGCGGUGACAACAUCGACAUGGCCGUGAUCGACAAAUUCAUGCCGCUGCUGAUGGAGCGCGAGGAGGAGGGUCUGAUCACCCCGAUCCUCCAGACGGCGGAGACCACGUUCGCCUACAUCAAGACCAACAACCUGUAUAUCGUGUCCACGACGCCGCGCAACAAGAACGUGAAUAUCGCCCUGGUCUUUGUCUUUCUGCACAAGAUCGCCCAGGUCUUUGUGGAGUACUUCAAGGAGCUGGAGGAGGAGUCCAUCCGGGACAACUUCGUGAUCAUCUACGAGCUGCUGGACGAGCUGCUCGACUUUGGCUACCCGCAGACCACCGACUCGAAGAUCCUGCAGGAGUACAUCACGCAGGAGGGCCACAAGCUGGAGCUGCAGCCCCGCAUCCCGGUGGCGGUGACCAAUGCCGUUUCCUGGCGCUCCGAGGGCAUCAAGUACCGCAAGAACGAGGUCUUCCUCGACGUCAUCGAGUCGGUGAACCUGCUGGCCAAUGCCAAUGGCAAUGUGCUGCGCAGCGAGAUUGUGGGCGCCAUCAAGAUGCGGGUCUACCUGUCCGGAAUGCCCGAACUCCGGCUGGGCCUCAAUGACAAGGUUCUGUUCGAGAGCACCGGUCGCGGCAAGUCCAAGUCGGUGGAGCUCGAGGACGUCAAGUUCCACCAGUGCGUGCGGCUGUCGCGGUUCGAAAACGAUCGUACAAUCUCGUUUAUUCCGCCGGACGGCGAGUUCGAACUGAUGUCCUAUCGUCUGAACACUCAUGUCAAACCCUUGAUUUGGAUAGAGUCGGUGAUCGAGCGGCACGCCCACUCCCGCGUGGAGUACAUGAUCAAGGCAAAGUCGCAGUUCAAGCGAAGAUCCACGGCCAACAAUGUGGAGAUCGUCAUACCGGUGCCCGCCGACGCGGACUCGCCCAAGUUCAAGACCACCAUUGGCAGCUGCAAGUACGCCCCGGAGCAGAACGCCAUUAUCUGGACGAUCAAGUCGUUCCCGGGCGGCAAGGAGUACCUAAUGCGGGCCCACUUCGGUCUGCCGAGUGUGGAGAGCGAGGACAAUACGGAGGGCAAGCCACCCAUUCAGGUGCGCUUCGAGAUUCCCUACUUCACCACGUCGGGCAUCCAGGUGCGCUACCUGAAGAUCAUCGAGAAGAGCGGCUACCAGGCGCUGCCGUGGGUGCGGUACAUCACGCAGAACGGCGACUACCAGCUGCGCACCAAUUGAGAGGAGCCACUCCCGCACCCGCACCCCUGCAUCAUUCCAGCCAAGCUUCAGCGAGUCAGCCCUGCAACAGGGAGCUUCAUCUCCACCAGCGUUUUUUUGUCUGCGAUGCGUUGCGUUAAGUCAAAAGUAUAUCUUUGUAUUCGUAUUGUUUCAGUAUAUGUAUAUUGUAUGUAAAUCAAAUCUAAUAAAUUUUAACACCUUUUCAUAA